UGACAAGCCCAGGGAGGAUUUCAAUAGACAGGCCGCAAAGUUAACUCCAGGCAGACAGUUUGUGUAGGGCCGGUGUGUGUGUAUUUGUACAGACUGCAGCUGAAGCAGGCUAACGUUCGCUGUGUGCUCGCACGGACACUUUGUUGUGUCGCAGCUAACGUCCAGUUAGCUAGAAUGCUAACACGAUGCUAAACCCAUCAGCCGGGUUACCAGAUGACCGAAAGUCCAUGUACAGUCAGUCCCAAAACAGCGUGUACAAAAGCGGCGACAAAACCAGCCCUAUUAGCGUCAUACUGGUUAGCUCUGGCAGCCGAGGGAACAAACUACUUUUUCGAUAUCCUUUCCAAAGAGUCGCUGAGUGUCCGUCAUCUCUUUCAGCAAAACAACGGAGUCCAUAUGCACUGCACACAACUGGAGAUGGUAUUGAAGAUCAGGAUGGUGAUUCAAGAGAACAAACUCCACUAACUGACGAACAGUUGGUAGCAGGGUUCUCGGACAUCAUCCUCGCCACCAUCCUGGCCACCAAGUCUGAUAUGUGUGGAAAGAAGUUCGAACUGAAGAUAGACAAUGUUCGAUUUGUGGGUCACCCUACCCUCCUUCAGCAUCCUCCCAUCAUUCAGGUUUCUAAAACAGACCCUUCACCUAAGAGGGAGAUGCCUACGAUGAUCUUGUUUAAUGUGGUGUUUGCAUUAAGGGCAAAUGCUGACCCAUCCGUCAUCAGCUGCAUGCACAACCUGUCACGCCGCAUCGCUAUAGCCCUGCAGCACGAGGAGCGCCGCUGCCAGUACCUGACCCGAGAAGCCAAACUGAUGCUGGCCGUCCAGGAUGAGAUCACAACCAUGACUGAGAAUGAAAGCCCCCAGUCCCCAUUUAGACAGAUUCUUCCAAAAUGUAAGCUCGCCAGAGACCUGAAGGAGGCUUAUGACAGCCUUUGCACUACUGGUGUGAUGCGACUACAUAUCAACAACUGGCUGGAGGUGAGCUUCUGUUUACCACACAAGAUCCACAGGAUCGGCGGCAACUACAUCCCCCCAGAGGCAUUAGAGCGCAGCCUUAAGGCUAUAAGACCCUAUCAUGCCCUGCUACUGCUGGAAAAUGAGAAGGAAUUGCUCCACCAGCUUCCCCUGGACUGCUCACCUGCGAUGGUUCGUCUGAUCAAAACCUGCUCAGCAGUGAAAAAUCUGCAGCAGCUUGCUCAGGACGCUGACCUGGCCUUACUUCAGAUCUUUCAAAUUGCUGCUCACUUGGUAUACUGGGGCAAGGCUAUCGUCAUCUACCCGCUGUGUGAGAAUAACGUCUACAUGCUGUCUCCUCAUGCCAACAUCUGUCUAUACUCCCCAUUGGCUGAUCAGUUUGCCCAGCAGUUUCCUGGUAAUGAUCUGCCCUCCAUGUUAGCCAAGUUCUCACUGCCCGUCUCACUGGCUGAGUUCAGAAACCCGCUGGAAGCUCCUGCACAGGAGGCUCAGCUGAUCCAGAUGGUGGUAUGGAUGCUCCAGCGCCGCCUGCUGAUCCAGCUGCACACUUAUGUUUGCCUGUUGGUACCGCCCAGUGAAGAUGAGCCUGGGCUGAGGGAUGAAGACCCUCCCCUUGCUGCCCGAGUCGGAGGCCGCAGUCUCAGCACCCCAAGUGCUCUUAGUUUCGGUUCACCGACCAGCAGUGAUGAUAUGACCCUAACCAGUCCCAGCAUGGACAACUCUAGUGCAGAGCUACUACCUGGUGGAGACUCCCCGCUCAACAAGAGGAUGACGGAGACACUGCUUGCCAGCCUGUCAGAGCAUGAGAGGCAGGUUAUUCUUAACAUCCCUGCUGCACAAAAUCCAGAGGAUCUGCGGAUGUUUGCCAGGCUGUUACACUAUUUCCGGGGACAUCACCACCUGGAAGAGAUUAUGUACAACGAGAACAUGAGACGCUCACAGCUCAAGACGCUGUUUGACAAGUUCCGCAGUGUCCUUGUGGUGACCAACCAUGAGGAUCCCAUUAUUUCAAUUUUUCAGUCACCCAUGGAGUAGUGGCACAGACGCAUCAGCUCUCAGCAACUGGAAAAUGUGUCAGUUUGGGAGCAGGUAAUAGCCUGCUGUGCUCACAGCUAAGUGCUCUAAGUGCUGUUUUAAAACAUAUUGACAUGAUUGCAUUAAUGUGUGCAGAUUUACAAAAUGUAAAAAGUGUUUUUCCCUUAUGAGCCAAAUGUUUGUUUACAAUAUUAAAUUAUUUUGUACAUACCAGACAUGCCUUUAGGCUUCACUGUGAAUAUUGGAAGGAUUGGUAAGGUGGGGGGUUGACUUCAUCUUCCCCGGUCCCAGAUGUGUUAGAUCAUCUGUGCUGGCUUCAGAGGGGCACACUGAGUAAUGAUCAUUCCAGACCUCCAGCUACCUCUCCCUUAGAAUCCCAGAGGUGGGGAGAGAAAGACAGCAAGAAAGGGAAGAGUCUAAACAUCAGACAGGCUGUUUUUGCUGAGAGGGAAACGGAGCGUUCCAAACAUCUGUGAAAUCACUGAGAGGAGAAUUUCCCAAGUGUGAAUGUUUAUUAAAAAGUGCAGAUGAAAUGAAA